UCGGGACCAGGGAGGAUGACAGCAGCACCAUGGCCUCCAACUCCGCGGACAUCGUGAGGCAGGGAUACGUCAGGAUGAAGAGCAGGAAGCUGGGGAUCUACCGGCGCUGCUGGCUCGUACUGAGGAAGUCUUCCAGCAAAGGGCCCUGGAGGCUGGAGAAGUAUCCAGAUGAGAGGUCUGUGCUUCUGCGAACCUCCCCCAAGGUGACAGAGAUCAGUAAUGUUAAGUGUAUCAUGCGGCUUCCCAAGGAGACAAAACGUCAGGCGGUGGCCAUCAUAUUCUGCGACGACCUGGCCCGUACGUUCACGUGUGAUUCGGAACUGGAGGCUGAGGAAUGGUAUAAAGUCCUGUCUAUGGAGUGCCCAGGGGCCCGAGCCACUGACUACAGCCUUGGAGAGCCUGACCUGCUAACACCGGGCGUUCAGAGUGAACAGACAGAGCGCUAUGGUGUGUUCUUGUUGCCCUCCUCUAACUUGGAUGUGUAUGGAGAGUGCAAGAUGCAAAUUACCCAGGAAAACCUCUACCUCUGGGACCCUCACAACCCUCGCAACAAGCUGCUGUCCUGGCCUCUGAGCGCCCUGCGCCGAUACGGGAACGACGCGUCUCGCUUCACGUUUGAGGCAGAACGGGUUUGUGGCAUCGGCGAGGGGAUGUACACAUUCCAGACGGCGGAGGGCCAGCAGAUCUACGAGCGAGUGCACAGAGCCGUCCUAGCCCUGGCGGAGCAGCACAAGAAUCUUCUGCUGGAGAUGGACAAGAACUCCCGGGUUCCCACGGCGGCAGGGACUCGGAUCCCAUCACUAGGCGCAUGGCCGUGCGAAAGCUACCCACGUCAGCCUCUCAGUGACUGGGGACAGCGGGCCGUUCUCACAAAGGGAAGAGAGGAGAUAGCGCGGGGCCUGGACACGGGAACCUUCCACGUCGCUGCAAGUGGCAGAUGUGCGAAGCCCAGAACUUUGCUAGUCCGGGUCAUAACAUGGCCACAAACAACUAGAACUGCAGCCGCUUCCAGGCUCCACGAGCAUGCGCGACAAACCGGAAGGGAGCAUUUCUGUACAAAGCUCAUUUUGCACUGAAGACGUGUAAACGUUCACUGUUGUUUAUUAGAUAUAUACAGCGCCCGGGGCAGGGAAAGCAGUUCAAUUAAACACAAAAAAAGAGAAA